GCAAAACACCGGGCCAUUAAUAGCGUGCGGAGUGAUUUACGCGUUAUUGUUCUGCUGGGCGGGCACGUGACACGCGCGGCCAAUGGAAGCGCGGGCGCCGGCAAGUUAUUAGGUGACUGUACUCCCCCCCCCCCCGGGUGCCACCAAGUUGUUACAUGAAAUCUGCAGUUUCAUAAUUUCCGCGGGUCGGGCCGGGCCGGCCGGGCGCAGGGCACGGCGAUGGCCACCACCGGGGCCUUGGGCAACUACUACGUGGACUCGUUUCUGCUGGGCGCCGACGCCGCCGACGAGCUGGGGGCGGGCCGCUACGCGCCGGGGGCUCUGGGCCAGGCCCCCCGGCAGGCGGCGGCGCUGGCCGAGCACCCCGACUUCAGCCCGUGCAGCUUCCAGUCCAAGGCGGCGGUGUUCGGCGCUUCGUGGAACCCGGUGCACGCGGCGGGCGCCAACGCCGUGCCCGCUGCGGUGUAUCACCACCAUCAUCACCACCCUUAUGUGCACCCCCAGGCGCCGGUGGCGGCGGCGGCGCCGGACGGCAGGUACAUGCGCUCCUGGCUGGAGCCCACGCCCGGUGCACUCUCCUUCGCGGGCUUGCCCUCCAGCCGGCCUUAUGGCAUUAAACCUGAACCGCUGUCGGCCAGAAGGGGUGACUGUCCCACGCUUGACACUCACACUUUGUCCCUGACUGACUAUGCUUGUGGUUCUCCUCCAGUUGAUAGGGAAAAACAGCCCAGCGAAGGCGCCUUCUCUGAAAGCAAUGCUGAGAAUGAGAGCGGCGGAGACAAGCCCCCCAUCGAUCCCAAUAACCCGGCGGCCAACUGGCUUCACGCGCGGUCCACCCGGAAAAAGCGCUGCCCCUAUACAAAACACCAGACGCUGGAACUGGAGAAAGAAUUUCUCUUCAACAUGUACCUCACCAGGGACCGCAGGUACGAGGUGGCCCGGCUGCUCAACCUCACCGAGAGACAGGUCAAGAUUUGGUUCCAGAAUCGGAGAAUGAAAAUGAAGAAAAUCAACAAGGACCGAGCAAAAGACGAAUGAUGCCAUUCGGUUUCAUGUAGAAAAGAGAGCACGAGCUAGAGAGAAAGAGAAAGGACUGCCCGUCCCCUUUUCCCUUCUCCCACUCCCCCACCCCAGGCCUCCACCACCCUGCACAAAGCGGCUCUAAACCCCAGGCCUCCUCCCCGCCCCCCCCCCCCUUGGAAAACCCUGCUCAGGCGGGCUCCUUGGCCUGCCGCUUUUAUGGAGGAGGUAUUGUAAGCUUUCCAUUUUCUGUAAGAUGAAAACAAGGGGGGUGGGGGUGGGCAUUUGUGCAGAUGGCUGUGUGUGCGAGCAUGUAUAUAUUUAUAUAUUUUUAAAAAUCUACCUGUUCCUGACUUAAAGCAGAAGAAAAGAAACUACCUUUUUAUAAUGCACAACUGUUGACGGUGGGCUGUAUAGUUUUUAGUCUGUGUAGUUAAUUUAAUUUGCUCUUUGCGCUGCAGAGCAGUGAUCUGCCGAGAUACUUGAACACUGUUUUAUUGUGGUGAUUAUGUUUUGUGACUCAAACUUCUGUACUGGGUGACGCACCCAUUGUGAUUGUGAAAGCUAGAAUUCAGUUUGAACUCAGGUUGUUAUGGGGGGUGAAACAGUUGCAUAGCGUAUAGCUCUGUAGUGGAAUACAUCUUAUGACUAGGCUGUUAACCUUUGAUUGUAAACUAGCUGUAAGGAUUUCCCAGUGAAAUAAAUUUUCAAAAAGAUAAAGAAAAAGUUUUUCCCAGACACAUAGAUCCAUGGUUCUCUUCACUUUGGAAAUGCAGGCAUUUUAGUCUCUACAUACUCUAUAGUCCUAUCUUCUCCGUUAUGUAUAUAUCUAUAUAUUAAAGAAAAAUAUUUAGUCAGACAAGUUUGAAGAUUUUUUUGACAACCGUGAAAAAAUUUGGAGCUAUACAUAUGCGCAGAAGGUUACUACCUAUGGUUUACGUUUAAUUUUAAUUGGGGGGGAAUGAAUGCUUAUUGUAAUGGAGUUA